CCGUGUGUUGUGUGUGUGUUUAUAUUUAUGAUUUUGGCUUUGAUUAAGCCAAGUGAAUUUCUUUUGUAACUGCAAGCAAUAAGCUUACAAGCUUACAAGCUUACAAGCUCACAAGUGACAUAGAUACAGCAAGGUCGAAGCAGCAGCAGCAGCAACAAUAACAGCAACAAUUGCUACUGCUAUAAUAAUGGAAGGUCAGGCCAAGCAAGCAUACUUCGUCAAUGAAGCAUAUAAUCACGAAGAGCAGCCCCAUGGGACGGGCGGUGGAGGUAUGGACAAUUUACCACGUCGUCGCAGUGGUGGCAACAACAAGGAACUGCAAUUGGAUGUGACCGGCAAGAAGGGUCAAGAGUUGACAGCGACACCCACCGCGCCCACCCUCGAUUUUGAUGACAUUCUGCCAUUGAUUGGAGAAUUUGGUCGAUAUCAGAAGAUUCUGUUCCUCUGCAUGAUACCAUUCUCGUUCUUUGUGGCCUUCGUGUAUUUCUCGCAGAUCUUUCUAACACUCAUACCGGAGCAGCACUGGUGCCAUGUGCCCGAACUGGAUGGACUGGACGUUGAAGCCAGACUCGCUCUAUCGAUACCGAUGAUGAAUGGAGAGUACAAUAAUUGCUACAUGUACGAUGUCAACUAUACGGAAGUGCUCGCCCAGGGCACGGUUAUGGCGGAUCCCAAGUGGCCGAGAGUCAAGUGCCGCAAUGGCUGGUCAUACAAUUUCACAGAGAUACCAUACUCGACGAUAGCCACCGAACAGAAUUGGGUCUGCGAUGAUGCCGCGUUGCCCACCUAUGCCCAGUCUAUCUUUUUCCUGGGUGCCAUUGUCGGUGGUUUGCUGUUUGGCUGGGUGGCGGAUCGUUUUGGACGCGUUCCAGCGCUGAUCUGUUGCAAUCUGAUGGGUCUGAUUGCUGGCGUGGCAACGGCAUUUGCCAACAACUUCUGGCAGUUUGCCACAAUGCGUUUCUUUGUGGGCUUUGCAUUUGACAACUGCUUCACCAUGAUGUACAUAUUGGUGCUGGAGUAUGUGGGUCCAAAAUAUCGCACCUUUGUUGCCAACAUGUCAAUUGCCAUAUUCUUUACGGCCGCCGCCUGUUUGCUGCCCUGGAUUGCAUACUUUGUAGCAGACUGGAAAUUGUUGACAAUUAUUACAUCGGCACCGCUGUUGCUGGUCGUAUUGACCCCAUUUAUUGUGCCGGAGUCGGCACGCUGGCUAGUCUCCCAGGGUCAAGUGGAGAAGGCGAUCUCUAUUCUCAAGAAGCUGCAGCGUCGCAAUGGUCGUCUGGUAUCAGAGCAAACAUAUCAGCACUUUGGCGACAGCUGCCGUCGCCUGCGGGAUCAGGAGCAGGAACAAAAUGCCAGCUACUCUGUGCUGGAUCUGUUUAAGUCGCCACGUUUGCGUCGCACCACUCUGCUGCUAAUUGUCAUCUGGAUGGCCAUCUCACUGGUCUUCGAUGGUCAUGUGCGUAAUGUGGGCUCCCUGGGUCUCGAUAUCUUCUUCACGUUUACGGUGGCCUGUUUCACGGAGCUGCCAGCGGAUACGCUGCUUACGGUCACAUUGGAUCGCUUUGGACGACGUUGGUUGGCUUGUGGCUCGAUGAUGGCCAGUGGCAUCUUCAGUCUGCUGGCCACUGUGGUGCCCGUGGGCGUCUACUCGGCCACGUUAGCCAUUAUGGGUCGCUUCUUUGUCAACAUUAGCUACAAUAUUGGACUGCAGUAUGCGGCCGAGAUUCUGCCCACUGUGGUGCGUGCCCAGGGCGUGGCCUUCAUUCACAUUAUGGGCUAUGUGGCCAGCAUUAUUGCUCCAUUUGUUGUGUAUUUGGCUAAUAUAUCAACGGCACUGCCGCUCAUCAUUUUGGGUCUGCUGGGCAUCAUUGGUGGUCUGCUGUCGCUGCUACUACCGGAGACACUGCAUCACGAUCUGCCGCAGACUCUGAGCGAUGGCGAGGAAUUUGGACGUGGUCAGAGCAUUUGGGAUUUCCCCUGUCUAGCCAAGAAGCUAGACGAGGAGAAGACCGAUGUGGAGGAGGUGCGCUCGAAAGCUUUUGUGCGUGGCACUCAAACAGGGGCCUCUUUGACGGCAUCCACACGUGGUGAAUUCCGCUCCAGCAUGUUACGUCGAUCUGUGCAAUCGCGUAACAAUACCAAAUUGUAGAUACAAUCGUUAGUUAACAUAAUUGCAAAGUUGCAUUUUCCAUAGUUUCGCCUAAGCGUAUUGUUUCAGCCUUGUGAUAUUAAUUCUAAGUUAAUUUGUUGCCAUUUGGCCAAA